GCAGCUCGCGCCUCGCUAAGUUGCAGCAGGGCUAAAAGCAAAGCGAGCGAGGCAGGAAGCAGGAAGGGUCUCGGCGAAGGGAUUUUUUUUGUUUUUAGAGGGUUUCUCCCUCUCGAAAUGAGGAGCAAAACUCACUCUUGUUGCCAAGGAGAUCCUUAAUUCCACCGUGGACUUAUUCCGCUUUGAGUGCAUGGCUUAACGCGCGAGUUGUGAGCAGUUCAACAUGAGGGAGAUGACGGUGUUUUCUCCCUCGUUGUCCAACAACAGCAGCAGCAGCAGCAGGAGGACAAGAUGGCAGCUUAUAGCGAGUGUUUAGAAGCUGCUGAGGGUUGAAGAUUAAAGCCCGAACAUGUCCCUGUUGUCCCAUUACAGUCUCUGGCUGUGAAGGAAUGGCCUCACAGGUUUUGGUCUGUCCACCGCAUGCGCAUCAGCCCCAGACAAGUGCCUUUAUCAGCGUGAGGAAAGUGGAGGCCAGCAGCUGUGUGUACCAUGAGAAGCCUCCUCGCACCUAUGUGGUCGGCGUGAACUUAGGCAUCGCGCAUCCAACUAAUAUCACCACCCACCCAUCUUUAAAGCCACAAGCGCAGGAGGGAUAUUCGUUACAGACUGUGGCUCCCGGAGAGCCGCGCAGAGGGAUUCUUUCCUCCUACAAGUGUGUAGGAGACGGAGGAGAGGAGGAGGAGGAGGGAGAGGAAGAGCAAAAGCAAAAGGAGAAGGAGAGCAGCGGGACGUUUGACGGAUGUGGGUUUGAACGCAAAAAAGACGAGGAGCAGGCCAGCAGCACCAGGACCAUGCAGAUCGUAGAGGAACAUCCGGCGCUGCCGGCCAUGUUGCAAAGCAACGUGGGCAGCACGGUGCCCUCCAAUCAGAAUGUGGCCGGUACAGGGGGCGGGGCCAACGACGGGGACUACCAGCUGGUGCAGCAUGAGGUCCUGUGCUCUAUGAAGCACACUUAUGAGGUGCUAGAGUUUCUGGGCCGUGGAACGUUCGGCCAGGUCGUGAAGUGUUGGAAGCGCGGCACCAGCGAGGUCGUGGCUGUGAAGAUCCUGAAGAAUCAUCCGUCAUACGCACGCCAGGGUCAGAUCGAGGUGGGCAUCUUGGCACGUCUGAGCAGCGAGAAUGCAGAGGAGCACAACCUGGUGCGCGCCUUCGAGUGCUUCCAGCACCGCAACCACACGUGCCUGGUGUUCGAGAUGCUCGAACAGAACCUGUACGACUUCCUGAAGCAGAAUAAGUUCAGCCCGCUGCCGCUGAAGGUGAUCCGCGCCGUGCUGCAGCAGGUGGCCACAGCGCUCCGCAAGCUCAAGAGCCUCGGACUGAUUCAUGCCGACCUCAAACCCGAGAACAUCAUGCUGGUGGAUCCGCGCAGGCAGCCAUACCGCGUCAAGGUCAUCGACUUCGGCUCGGCCAGCCACGUCUCCAAGGCCGUGUGCUCCACCUACCUGCAGUCGCGCUACUACAGGGCUCCGGAGAUCAUCCUGGGUCUGCCCUUUUGUGAGGCCAUAGACAUGUGGUCACUGGGCUGCGUCAUUGCCGAGCUGUUUCUCGGCUGGCCGCUCUACCCCGGAGCUCUGGAAUAUGACCAGAUUCGCUACAUUUCUCAAACCCAAGGGCUGCCUGGUGAGCACCUGUUAAACGUGGGGACGAAAACGUCCCGUUUCUUCCGCAAGGAGUCGGACUCGCCGUACGCAGCCUGGAGGCUGAAGACAACAGAGGAGCACGAGACAGAGACUGGAAUGAAAUCGAAGGAGGCCAGGAAGUACAUCUUCAGCUGUCUGGAUGACAUCGGCCACGUAAACCUGGUGUUGAAUAUGGAGGGCUGUGAUCAGCUUGCGGAGAAAGCAGACAGGCGAGAGUUUGUGGAUCUGCUCAAGAUGAUGUUGCUGAUCGACGCCGACCAGCGCAUCACUCCUUCAGACGCUCUCAGCCACCCUUUCGUCACUAUGCAGCACUUACUGGACUUUCCACACAGCAGCCACGUGCAGUCGUGUUUCCACAUCAUGGACAUUUGCCACUCGAGGACCAGCACGUUCGAUGCGGUGAACCGUAACAAAGCCCCACCCCCUCUCAUGAAACCCGUCACACUACCCAGUGGCCCCAACAUUGCAGUCUUCAACAAAAUCCCCUCCAUGCACUCACAGGCAUUGGCUCCACCUGCACCACCUGUGGUACACCCUGGCAUUCCUCUACAAACAGGAAGUGCACAGUUUGGCUGCACUGACUCUUUUCAGCAAACCCUCAUCCUUUGCCCACCAGCCAUUCAAGGACAUUUUGCAGGAAUCGGGUCCAACCCAAACCAGCCGUCAGGGUAUUCGGUGCGGAUGGAUAAUACACUGCCACUGGUGACUCAGGCUCCGGCCAUCCAGCCUUUACCUCUUAGACCGGGAGUCAUUGCACAGCAGCCGUGGUCCAACAGGACUCCACAGAUCCUGGUACCAGCAUGGCAGCAGGUGCCUCCUCCACCCACCACGCUGCCCUCCGACACUGUCUCCUGCUCUCAAAGGAGACCGGACUGGGGGAAAGUGCGGUCACACACCAGCCAUUAUGGUUCCAUGAUACCGCAACCACUCGUGCCCAGUCAGAUGGCUGUAUCUGCGCACCAGCCCAUGAAUAUAGGCAUUGCUCACGUGGUGUGGCCUCAAACUACAGCCAACAAGAACACCAAGCCCAGUCAGAACAGGAGUGUGAAUACGUCGUAUUACGCAGAAACGCACACUUCAGUGUGCCUCUCACCAAAGAUGCAAAGACAGGACACCCUGCGAAACCCAGAGGCGGGGCUUAGGGACAGGGAGGUGGAGUCACAGCCCAAGAAGAAGCCAAACCACAUAGAAGAGACGGAGGAAGAGAGCUGCUGUAAGACGAAAGAGCAGGGCUCUGAAGAGCAGCGAUCAGCAGCCAAACAGCAACGAGAGUCUGUCGUUAUUGGCGAAUCACCAAGCCCGGCGGUCAGCGUCAUUAGCAUUAGCACUGAUACAGAUGAGGAUGAGAGGGACACAGAAGAGCAGAGGUGUUCCUCUAACACAUGUAAGGGCAGUCCAGAUUGUGAGGCAUGUAAAGGGUCUCUGAAUAUGGAGCGGGUGUGUUCACUCAGCAGCCCAGACAGCAGCCUGAGCACAAGCUCCUCAGCUUCAGCUCAGUCCAGUCCCUCACCCUGCAAGAGACCCAACAGUAUGUCCGAGGAUGAUGGUCAUGAGAGCGGCUGUGACACAGUGGACGGCUCCCCGGGGUCAGACUCUCACAGCAGCCCGUUUCCCGAGAGACGCUUUCUGAACACCAAUCAGAAGCAGGAAGCCGAAAUCCGGCGCAGCAACACACACACAGUGACGCAAAUAAAACCGGCUGUCAGGACAGUGGUGGUGCCACCGCUCAGAGUGUUAAACAACAAUAACAACCAGCAGCAGCACGGAAACACAGUGUACGAGUCAUCGUGCCAGUUGCGAGGACGAUGCGCUCCCGGACGGUUGAAUCUGCACUCCACUCCGAGUUUGCCUCGCCAGCACAAGAUCACCUCCACAUUCCAACAGCAGCAGCCUCUCGGCUUUGGCCAGGUCCAGCACUACAGCUCCUGUCACAAGGAAUGGAACGGCAACUACACUCAGCCUUGUCGUCCACAGGCCUUCAUCCCUCCCAUGGUGCACGGUCACACCUUCCCUCACGCCAGCCCCACCCACUCGGUCCAGGCUCCUCCCCCAGCCCCUCCCGCCCUGCUCUCCUACCCUCCUUCUGCCCCCGUCGCCCACCUGCUGCACUCGCCACGGCCCGUACUGCAACCUGCUUACAGUCUGGUGCCUCAGGGCAUCAGCAUGGGCAUCAACCCGGGCAUCGACCCCCGCCUGCUGCCCUCGCCCACGCUGCACCCGCCAGCCGCCUUCAAAGCCCUGUUCACGCCACACUCGUACGUGACGUCCCCCGCCUACACAGGCUUCCCACUCAGCCCCACCAAACUGCCCCAGUACCCCUACAUCUGACACAUACACACACACAUGCCAACCCCAGGGCUCCUUACUGCUCUGACAUGCUCGUCUCCAAAAAUCGUGGAGUGUAAAUGCAUCUGAAACCGAUAUGGAAGAAAAAGAAAAACACUUGGUAUAUGAAUUGAUAUCUAACUCACUUUUCCUGCCUUUUGCACAUUUGA